AAGGAGCUCGUGUCGUCGAGGAGCUCACAAACACGCCAAAUCACGGAGAAACUCGAACCCCGAAGGAGUUAUCUGCUUCUACGUAAGAGUCUUCAUCAUCACGCUGCUGAAAAGCUCCCGGAAGAGCAGAAGAAUUCGUAAAAACUCGCGAAGGAUCUCUCGCAAUCAUGGAAGGUCAUCUCGGCUUGUCGUAAAGCAGCUAGCGUCACGUUUUCUAGUGCAGCAUCAGCUCGAUAGUACACGAUUAGCGGUUGUGACAUCCGAAAGGGUGGAUGCGAACUAUCGAGCGGUAUAUUCCCAAAGAGAUGCGCGUGCCGUCGCCGGGGGGGAUAGAACGUCCCAUCUUGCUCCGAAAACAAAUGUGAUGUUUCAAUUUUAAUAACAUUGGUCCGGAAGAAGUGACAGAUAAUCGAUCGAAUCGACAAGAACGAGAGACAAGUUUCACGCGUCGUUUAACAGCAUUGUGUGUCAUUGUUAUCUCACGGUAUUACAUGUUUCCGUUAUCGCGCGGAUGCUGGUUACGAUGACGUUGAUAUUCUCUUUCCUUGAAGAUCUUAUAUUCCGCGCAGGAAUCGUCAAGAUCGUCACUCAGUACACGAGACGUCAACGUAUGUAGAAACGAGGACAGAGCGAGCGCAAGUUUCGUAAUCAUCUCGCUGCAUUAUUGAAUCUGAGCUGGAUAUGAUGCUGGACACGUGUGUCAGCUCGGCGCGUCGGCGUCGCGACGGCGAUGAUGUCUAAAGAAACUCGGAGCCACUCUAUAGUCAUUUGUGUCGUCUUAUCGAUCUAGAUAUGACAAUACCGAACACAUCCUCGCAUGCGAGAUCUCACGACCGACCCCGGGGAAGCUUAAAAUCGUCCGAGAUCGACGUUUCGUCAAGUCGGAUAUGACAAUCCCGAAAGUGCAACGUAUCAAGAUAUAAAUCAUUCUCGCAAAAUUUUCGGAUUGCGAUCGAAUCGAUGACGAGUUCGAAGCAGCGUAUUGUACGGAGCGGAAUAGAAUAGACACGAUAAUUCUGUAAGAUUUCGUCGGAAUGUUACCGCCUAGCGUGAUCGACGCGCAGGAUUCUACGCCGCGCGAUGUGGCGAUGAGCAGUCGCGGUCUGCUGUCGGAGACAAUGUGCGGCGCCGAGUUGCGCCCCAUCGAGGCAACGACAUGCCACAUCGGCAGGUGCCGCGAGGAAUUCGACGAAACCAUCCGCACCGUCUCGGAGCCGGAAUGCUCGAAGCGGAGAAUCGACUCGGCCGGUACCGGCAGCACCAGAUCAGUACCGGACGCCCGGUCGCGUCAGGGCUUCUCCAAGGGCUCCGCUUCUUUGCAGAGCCUGGUUCGUCGAAGAAGCCGUAGGCAUGGCGGGUCGUCCCUACCUUCGGAGAUCGAGCUGUCCUCGAGGCAGACCGUCUACCCCGCCGCCCCAUCGGAUUUCAUCAAGGACAUAGGCAGCACGGCAGUCUUCCGGAACGAGGAGGAGGCGCAAACCGUGACGCCGACGUCGACGCUCGUCUACGCGACCUCGUCGGCGCAACCGUCGACCUCGAGGGCCGACAAUCUGACCCAGGAUGUUUCCUCGUCGGCCAGCAAUGCGGCCACCACUACGGGCAGCAACGUCACACCAACGACUAACGGCGGUCGUUUCGGCAACGCGGCCGUCUCGCUGAUAAAGACGAUUAGCGUUGCGAAGCCCGGACCUUCCACGUCUUCCUCUUGGAACAAUUCCACCGAGCAGCAGGAGAGCGAUUAUGUAGUCGAUCCCGUGCAGGGAAACGCUUACUACAAGGGGCAGUUUCUAGGAAAGGGUGGCUUUGCGAGAGUCUACCUAAUGACUGACGUCAGUAACGGAAAUCAAUACGCGUGCAAGAUUAUCCCGAAGAAUCGGAUGCAGAAGAUUCACAUGCAAAAGAUUGCGCGUGAGAUCAUGAUCCACAAAGAGCUGAAUCACGUAAACGUCGUCCAGAUGCAUCACUACUUCGAGGACAAUCUCAACGUGUACAUGCUUCUAGAAGCCUGCCCACGAAAAAGCUUGAUGCACGUGCUGAAGUACCGUGGCAAAGUCACGGAACCGGAAGCGCGUUACUACAUGAAGCAAAUGGUGACUGGCGUCGCGUACAUCCACUCGCAGAAAGUCGUUCACCGGGAUCUGAAGCCGGGCAACAUGUUCCUGUCAGAUCGGAUGAUCGUCAAGAUCGGCGACUUCGGACUGGCGACCAGGCCUGAUGGCCAACGUAGACGAGUGACGAUAUGCGGUACGCCAAACUACAUAGCGCCGGAAGUGUUGUACAAGCAGGCGUACAGCUACGAGGCGGAUGUUUGGGCGUUGGGCUGCAUAUUGUACGCCCUGCUGGUGGGCCAACCGCCCUUCGACACGGCCACGCUCAAGGAGACAUACGCGAGGAUCUGCAAUAAUCAUUAUCGCGAAGUGGACGACAGUAUCGCGAGCAGGAGCGGCCAGGACCUAAUCAGAUGGCUGCUACAAUCCAAUCCCGAGUUACGGCCGAGUCUGGAAAGAGCGAAGGAGCAUGCCUAUCUCACGAAGGAAUACGUGCCGACGUCGUUGCCGCACACUUGCUGUUACCAGAUGCCACCGCCGUCGAUCAUCGAGCCGCCCUCGUCUCCAUCCUCGGUCUCCACGGUCGCCAGGAAUCAGGGGACCCCGGAAUGACUCGCCUGGAAGUUAUCAUCUUCAGGUCUGGCUGGCAAGUAUUUCCGAAACACGAAAUUUCAGAUGUGGCAGCAGAGUGUCGUUCAUCCCGACGCGGCGUCGCUGCGUUAUCAGCAGCAGCAGCAGCCGAUUCAAGCACAACAGCAAACGCAGCAGCAACCGCAGUUGAAUAUGCUGAAUCGUUCGCAGAAGAGUCUGCAGAAAGAGUCCAAGGUCUCGAGCUGGCUGGUCAGAAAAUUACCCAAGCUGCCGCGAUUCCGACAGCGACUCAGCAGCGUGUUGUGCCCGGAUCACAAGAAGACUGGCCUCGUUGCCCAAAGUGUGCAGAUGCAUCGCGCUCUAGAGAUAUGCGUAACAGAGAUGAAACGAAACAACGCGUGCAAUCCGCCGAUCGUGGAGGACAUCGUGCCGCUUUUUGUCACCAAAUGGAUCGAUUAUUCAAACAAGUACGGGCUGGGCUUCCAGCUCUCCGACAGGUCGGUCGGCGUUCUCUUCAACGACAACACGAAGAUCAGUUACACUCACGAUAGAAGAAGAGUGGAAUACAUGACGACCGACGAUGAGAUGACGCGAUAUCACCGAGAAAGGGACGUGCCGGUGCCAUUGCAAAAGAAGCUCGAGUUACUCCGUCAUUUUACCGAAUACAUGGAUGAUUUCUUGACAGAAGGUGGUGAGCUGAAAAAAUAUCGAACGCCUCCGAGACAGUCGAAAAAUACUUGCGUGCCGCGAAUGAGACGAUGGCUUCGUACAGACAAGGCCAUCGUGAUGGAGCUAACGGUACCUCUCCUGCAAGUGAACUUCUUCGUGGACCACACGAAGAUGGUGGUGUCGCAGGAGACCGCAGGUAGGGGCUACCUGAUCACUUACAUCGACACCGGCCGUCGCGCGUCCUCCUAUUGGUUAAACGACCUGCGUGACCUCGGCUGCACCGCGGACCUCUACGAGCGUCUCUACUACGUCUGCAAGGUGACGCGUGAGUUUGCUGAACUGGACAAUAACACGAUCGCCUGACGAUCGCCGGCGGAUUCUCUUAAAAUUUGUUGAAGGACAAUGAGAUACCCGAAAGAUUUAGUUCUUAUCUGGGCAACUUUUUUCCUUAAAGCAGUAGUCAAAUGUUAUAUAGCAGUCAUAAUAAUUCUUCACACAACUUUAAAAAAUUGAACAUUAUUAAUUACUACGGUUGAGAGUUUUUGGAUAAAUCGCAACUGCUAUAACGAGAAAUGAAAAUAUCCGGACCUCAGUUACCAGGAUAAAGGUUAAGGAAAUAGCGAUGGUGCAAGUACGUCACGAUACGUACCGUUACGCGCAUUUCUUGAGAGAGGAGAGGAGGAAGGCCGUAAAUAAGAAUGUCACGCGUGUAGGUCCGCGGAAGGUAUGUCGUGCUUCCGUUGAUUUAUGAACCUGUUUAUUGUUUCCACAAAACCAGAAUAAAUUGCCUACCGAAAUAGGAUGCUUGAAAGAAUGUAAGCAUUCUUCUCUGGAGGAGAGUUAAUCCCCUCACGUGGAUUGAAGACUAGUUAAAUUAAUAAGUAAUUGUUCGAUUAAACUGCCAUCGUCAGGGUAUGAUGAUGUUCCCUGAAUUCAGAUAAGCUACAUAUAGCUAUACGUUCCUCUCUCGUAUCGAUAUUACAUAUUAUGAAAACAGAAUACACCUGAAAUUCCGAGAGCUACGCACUAUUUUUACGCACAGUGGCAUUUUUACGCAGAUCUCUUCUCAUCCUUGUACGAAAAUAAUUGAAUAGAUACGCAAAUUAUCGAGAUUAAUGUGAUAUAAAUGUCAUAACUAUUUGCGAGAUAUUCGGUGACACUUUCCAUCAUAAUGAAAUGCAAAACGAUCGCAACUAUAAUAUGAGAGUGUCAACUAUGUUACUACUACCUCUGUUAAAUAGAUAGCAUAGGUAGCUGUUAAAAUAUUUAUUUUUCAUGGCGCGGAUCUCCCUAGUUCAGUACCUAUGUCGAAUAAGUAAUUGACAUUUGAUAGAUUAGUCUCUUAUCCGGAUAAAUCGAAUAUAAUUUUAUUACAUUCGAUAAUGUGUCAUGUGGCAUGUAGUAUAUCGUUCGGAACGAUAGAAAUCUUUUUACGUACAAAACUUUUCUUCCUCUAUAAAAAAGAGAGAGUACGUGUUAUAAAAAUCUAAAAAUUCCAUUUCACGAUUCAUCGUGCUAAGACACCGUGUUGCCUGUAUUAGAUUGCGUGAGAAAGUUGAACGUUUGAAUAUUUAAAGGCAAGCGAUAUCUUUACAAUCAACCAACAUAAAAAAAAAUCCGGAAGAUGUCUAAAAAUAUUUACGCGCAUGUUUUUUUUUUUUUUUUUUUUUUUUUU